AUAUUUAAAGCAACCCCACUAUUAUUAUUUAUGUAUGUGUGAAAUGUGUUUAUCAAUCAGUAGCAUCCUACUAAUAAAUCUCAAAUAAAUGUUUUUCAAACGUUUCACAACGUCAAAUAAAAAGAUAUUUUGAUCCGGACGCAACGAAACGUCGAAAUAUUUUUGUACCCUUGUACUGAUCAAAACCCAGUGAAACGACAUUGCAACAUAUUGAAGGAAACGUAUUCGAUCCUAUGUACACCCUAAAAAAUGUUUCGCACCUUUUAGUGAAGAUCAUCCGAAUUUUUUGCAGAAUUUAAAGAAAGAAAAUAAUGCAAUCAAUUAGACAAACUUAUAGACAUACAACCCGAUUUUUGAUUUGGGAAAUGUUAAAAAAUCGUAUAUCUUUCUGUGAUUGACUUUGGAACCACCAACCAAAUUAACUUUGUGAAUGACAAGGAUAUAUAAGCAUUUUUUUUGAUUAUCUUGCUUUUAUUCUUGUUAUUUCAAUUACAUAAUUCUCCAAAGCAUGUCUAUAUCCAUCCUAUGAAUGAAAGGAAAAAAACGAAUCUUUCAAAAAAUAAAAAAUAUCCCAUUUAUAUGCCAAUUUCGUUAAAAUGAAUAGUGCUCAAUGCAAAGGCCAAUCUUGUGAUGCACUCUUGCACAAAAAAAAUUCGACUUUUAAACUACCGACAGUUAAAACUGAAGAAAACUUCUGCGUUGAAAAUUUAUUACCCCACCAUCAGGAAUAUGAGACAACAAAAUUAAAACAGAAAGAAUUGAUUUGUAACUUUAUCAGCAGUAAACCUCUUGACGAUUCUUCGCAAAAUGAUGAUUACGUGACCACAGAAGAAGUUCUGAAUCAGUCUAAGUUUGUGAAAACAUAUAUACAAAAUCCGGACGCUUAUUUUACUUAUGAUCCUUCUGUAUUAGCUCGGCUUAGGCUUGAAGAUUUGAAGAAAAUUCCUGAUAGGUAUCUUAAAUGGAAACCGAUUUGCAAGAAAUCUUUUGAACAGCAUCAUCAGAUAGACCCCUUUUUCUAUAAAAAUAUUUAUACAUUCAAAAAUGCAACAACAUUUUUACCUUCAAAUUACCAAGCCAAUUUUAAAAUAAGUAACGGUACAAAACCUAACUCCUCCAACAUUGCAUAUUUAAAUCCUGCUGAAGUAAUACAAAAUGCUCGUAAGUUUGACGAAAGAGUUAAACAACUUCAGAUUAAAUCUGACGAUGACUUUGAUGAUAUUAAUGGCUCAUUAAACGACUCUUGCGACGAUCUGGACAUUUGUCGCGAGUUUUAUUUACAGAUUCAGCCAAAAAAUAUAAAAAUGCAUUCGAAUUCUGCACCAUUAUCAACGCCCAUUCCAACUUUAUCCAAGAAUAUGAGUUCCUUCAAAUGUCAAUCCUUCCUCGAAGGCAAAAGCGGGUCACUGAGCCCCAAAGGAGACUUAAUACCCUGUUCUGUUAAAAGCGAUACGAAUAAAAGAAAAUAUGAAAAACCCAAUUGGCCGGUUUUGAUGCAACCUCUAGUGGCUGAGGUGGAUUUACAUGUUCCUAAAAACAUUCAACUUAUUGCCUCUUCUUUUGUCGCAUCUACUCUAAUGCGGGAUAAUCACCAAUGGCAGCAACUAAGGGCUAUUAAAGAGGUCACUGACCGACAACUUUAUGAAAGGCUAUUAGCUCAAAGGUACUAGCUCCAGUGGGUGGUCUAUAUAUAUAUAUAAGAUAUUAAUUGUGAAUAUAUGUGCAUAUUACAUCUCCCUCCUUUUGAAAAAUAACGUAGUUUAAUGGAGUUAUUUUCUAACAUAGAUUGUACAAAAUUUAAUAAAUGAUAUUAACAAUAAGAUAAAAAUAAAAAAAAAUUUUUUGUGUAGUUUUGUUGGGGUUAUAUUAGGUAUGCUUAUUUUUCUUUUUUUUUUAUUUGGUCAUUUUGUUUUUUUUUGUA